UGUGUCAGCCUUGCUUUUAAGUCUAUGUAUAGUAACUCUAAUUUAGCGCCGAGCUUCCGCCGCUUCUAGGCUGAGGAAGGUCGGCAUCACGUGAUUGUUCCAACCUCUCUGCGCGGGAGCUGCGAGGCAGCGGGUGGAUGCUUGCAGGACGCCAGGUGGCCAUUCCAGACACACCUAGCGAGUGUCGGACCAGUUCCUGUACUUAUUUACCUACGUGAGUUUAGCGCCUCGGCUGGGCAGGCAUGGAAAUGGAUCUAGAGGGAAUAAUCCAAGAGAAUUUGACAGACUUCAUCCAGUCCCAUGUCCCAGCUGCUGACUUGAGUGGAAUGGAUGACAUUGUUUUCUCCUCCAUGAUGAGUGCCCUGGAAGGGCUUGGAUCCCCCCAGUCAUUUGAAGAGAAUUUUGACUUGGACACCUUUAUGGAAAUGAUGGAAGCUUACAUCCCUGGCUGUGCAGGGAAAUCAACAGUGAGAAGAGCGGUCUUCCAGAAGGUAAAUGACUACAGGGAGUCUACAGUUAAAAUCAUCACUCAGCCAGGAAACGCAGAGUGUGAUGUUGGGCCGGUCACUGUCUCACAGUCUAGUCUACCUUACAGAGUUGUUGUGAGGGAUAUAACAAUGGGAAAGGAAAUAAUGUGGCUCCUGCUCAAUCUGGUCUUUGCCAACAAUGUGCCAUUAUUUUCUUGCAGUGGCAAUGUUUGUGAAAUGAUGAUUUCUCUCUCAGAAAGGCUCCAUGAAGCCCGCAAAUUAGACUGUGAGAAAUGUGUGGCCCAGUUUGACAACACAGAGGAAAAAGGCAGUCCAGCAAAUCCAGUGGAAGUGAUGCUGGAGAUGUUUUCAGCCUGUACUGUGAGUCAAGCCCAAAAGGCUCUAGGCAUGACCCUGGGAAACCUGGAAGAGGCAGCACAGCUCAUCCUGGAGGAGAAGGGGCAACUCAGCACAGUGGGCACUACCGUUCAGGAAGCGUCCAGAUCUCAGAAGCCAUCCAGGCAAGAUGAAUUAAAGCAAUUUGUCUUGGAGAAAUACAUGAUGGUAGAUAGCGAAGAAGAUAAAAAAACACACAGGCCAGCACCCCCAAAAGAGGCUCCCAAGAAGUUGAUUCGCUACAUUGAUAAUCAGGUAGUAAGUACAAAAGGAAAGGAUAUCAAGAAGGCAGAGUGUGAAGAAAUGAAAAAACAUACAUCAGUCUCAAGCUAG